CAUCUUUUAUGAUUUUAUUCCAAAGCAAAUAGAUGAAAUUUGGCGUGAAAUGAGAUGGAUCACAGAUGCACUCCAGUAUGCGAGAUACAAACAACCGGGAACUGGCUUGCCCAUCACGAAACUAAUCGACCCCUCCAAUGAGCAGAAUCAAAAGAAGGUCAAUUCAACAUCAUCACCUAUAGACUGUCUUCCAUCUCCAUCCCCAUCCCCAGAGACCCAGAGGAGAAAGGCAGUGAGUGAUUCCCAGCCCUGUUCGGAUGAAGAAGGGUGCUCUGAGGUAUUUCUCCCUACAGAUAGCGACUAUGAUUCCAGCGAUGCCCUUAGUCCCCGAGAACUGGACUUGGUCUACUUGUCAUCCCAUGAUAUUUCCCAUCAGGCCAUGAGUGGUAUGAGCGGCAGUGCCCCUGAUGUCUUACAGGUGCAUGAUAUGAAGCCCUGCAUGGCCUUAAGGGGGGACACCCAGGGCCGGGCCCUGGAACCAGACACUGACCACUCCUGUGCUGAGUAUUUCAACAGCCUGACACUCUCAGGCUUCAUGGCCAAGAACCCUGAUAAGAUGGCAGGCAGCUCCCAACAGCCAGUGAGCUUCUUGGGGAGGAAGAAGCUGAGCAAGCACCAGCACUAUGGCUACUUCAGCCGCCACCACCGCUGGCUCCGAAUCCACAGCGAAACACAGUCCCUGUCCCUUUCUGAGGGAGUCUACACUCAGCAUCUCUCCCGGGCUGCAGACUUGUCCCAGGAGACCACCGAGGCAAAGCAGAUCAGGAUCCCAACUGACAGGCAUCGGAAUCUACUCCUACCCCAUACCUCAAGCCUCCCUGAAGAGAAGAAAAGCAAGUACCAGGAUAUGCGGCCCAUGGUCCGACGCAUUUAUGUGGAACCUUACCCUACAGCCCUGGUGAAUGAUGACAAACCAUGGGUUGGACUUAACUCCCCUCCAGGAGACCAGGGUGAUAUGCAGAGGCCCAAGGAGCAGGAGGUCAUCCCAGGGGACCAGGCCACCUCUCCAGUAUCAGAAAUAUUUAGUAGCAUGCUUUAG